AUGGACGCUCUUAUUCCUAUUCUUAAUAAACUUCAAGAUGCAUUUAAUACUGUCGGGUCAGAUAGUAUUCAAUUACCACAAAUUGUUGUUGUUGGUUCACAAAGUGCUGGUAAAAGUUCAGUAUUAGAAAAUAUCGUUGGACGAGAUUUUCUUCCUCGUGGUAUUGGAAUUGUAACAAGACGUCCAUUAACUCUUCAACUUAUUUACACACCUGCAGAAGAUAAACAAGAUCAAUGUCAACGUUUAGGAAUCCCAGUACCAGAUGAAGAUGAAUUUGGUCUAUUUACACAUAUUAAAGAUCGAGUUUAUACAGAUUUUAAUGAGAUUCGAAAAGAAAUUGAAACUGAAACAGAUCGACUUGGUGGAAAAAAGAAUAUUUCUAAAGAACCAAUAACAUUAAAAAUUUAUUCACCAAAAGUUGUUACAUUAACAUUAAUUGAUUUACCUGGUUUAACAAAAAUACCUGUUGAUGAUCAACCAGUUGAUAUUGAACAUCAAGUACGAAAUCUUAUUAUGGAUUAUAUAUCAAAUCCAAAUGCUAUUAUUCUUGCGAUUACACCAGCUAAUGUCGAUUUUUCGACAUCGGAAGCAGUAAAAUUUGCUAAAGAAGUUGAUCCUGAAGGACAAAGAACAUUAGCUGUUUUAACAAAACUUGAUUUAAUGGAUCGUGGAACAGAUGCAUAUGAUGUUCUAUGUGGACGAGUCAUUCCAGUUAAAUUAGGUAUUAUUGGUGUUGUUAAUCGAAGUCAAGAAGAUAUUCAUAAGAAAAAACCAAUUGAUGAAGCUUUACGAUAUGAAUCGGUUUUUCUUCAAAAAACUUAUCCAUCUAUUGCUAAUCGUAAUGGAACAUCAUUUCUUGCUAAAACAUUAAAUAGAUUACUUAUGUAUCAUAUUCGUGAUUGUUUACCAUCAUUAAAAACUCGUAUUAAUCAAAUGAUAUCUCAUUUUCAAACACUUAUUAAUUCAUUUGGUGAACCAAUCGAAGAUAAAGGUCGAUUACUUCUUCAAAUUAUAACAAACUUUGCUUCAAAUUAUUGUGCAACCAUUGAAGGCACAGCAAAAAAUAUUGAAGUGUCAGAAUUAUGUGGUGGUGCACGAAUAUGUUAUAUAUUUCAUGAAAUAUUUGCACAUACUCUUGAUUCAAUUCAUCCAUUAGAUAAUUUAACUACAUUUGAUAUUCUUACUGCAAUACGAAAUGCUGCUGGCUCAAAACCUGCUUUAUUUGUUCCAGAAGUAUCAUUUGAAUUACUUGUUAAACGUCAAAUAAAACGUUUAGAAGAUCCCAGUUUACGUUGUGUUGAAUUAGUACAUGAAGAAUUACAAAGAAUUAUUCAACAUUGUGGUGCUCAACAAGAAUUUAUUCGUUUUCCACGUUUACAUGAAAAAAUCGUUGACGUUGUUACACAUUUAUUACGUCGUCGCUUACCAGAGACAAAUCGUAUGGUGGAAAAUCUUGUUGGCAUUGAAUUAGCAUACAUUAAUGUAAAACAUCCAGAUUUUUAUGAAGCGACAGUUAUUCAUACAGCUUUAACUGGUGGAGAUGAUAUAACGAAUACAAAUCUAACACAACAUAAACCAAAACAUGAUGAUCGACAUAACGCUCAAACGAUAUCAGGAAAGACAAGUUCAGUAAAUCGAGCAUUAACUCACCGUCAUGAUGAUAAUGAACCACAGGUUAAUGGUGUACAAUCUUCUUCACAUCUGUCGAAUGCUACUCUUACUUCUUCAACAACAAUAUCAAUGGCACCGCUAGGCGAUGGAACAAUUAUCAAUGAUCGGAAACUUUCAGCACGUGAAAAACGUGACUGUGAAGUGAUUGAAAGAUUAAUUCGUUCAUAUUUUUUGAUUGUACGAAAAAACAUUCAAGAUAGUGUGCCAAAGGCUAUUAUGCAUUUUCUUGUUAAUUCUGUUAAAGAUCAACUACAAAGUGAACUUGUUGCAUUAUUAUAUAAAACAUCAGUUAAUGAGCAUGACGAAUUACUCAAUGAAUCUAGUCAUAUAGCACAACGACGUAAAGAUGCACAAGAAAUGCUUGACGCGUUACAUAAAGCAAACCAAAUAAUAUGUGAAGUACGAGAAACUCAUCUCUGGUGA